AUUAGUUUUCCUAGAAUUACACACAUCAGCGACCACAGCCGAUCUGCUAUUAGUUCUGGUGUAUGCUGCGCACAUACACAAAACGUAUGUGUUGUGGUUCGACGUAUUAAAAGAAUAGAGAUCUUGGUCCAUUGAUACAGCCAUGGAGAACAGACUAAAGGAUUUCCACCAUUCCUUCCAUCUUAAUCUACUUGAGGAAUGCAAUGAAGACAAAAGAAAAUCAAUUCUUGAUCGGUUGAAUCUAGAACGUCAAACAGAGAAGAUGAGUCUGAUGGAAGAAAACAGAAAUGACAACUUUAUCUCCUACCUGUUGUUCUUACAAAGAGACUACACCAAGGCAGAGGAGACAAACACAAAAGUCAUAGACCGAGACGACAAGAACAUUGUAGCUCUUGCUAACCGAGUGAGGUUUACGAAUAAAACUGACAUAUACAAGGCAAACAUGUACCUGGACGAAUUAGAGGAUAUGGCGAAAAAACACCCAGAUUACGAAAGAAUGCGCACAGUAGCAAAAGCCGAACUAGCAUUUUGUUUUGCCCGGAUGUCUCCGAAGUGUUACCUCAGAGCUCUGGAGAUUUAUAAAUCGGUCAUCGAGAAGUAUCCUUUAGAGUAUCUGUGGAAGUUUGGCGAGGGGUUAACUCUUAAACGAUAUAUCACACAGUUCUCUAAAUCGACCGAUCCGAAUCGUGAUAUUAUCGGUGAUAUAGUUCGAUGCUAUGAGGUGCUUCGGAAUGUCGCAGAAAAUGCCGAGAAACCUCUUAAUGCAAAAGCUUGGGUCCAACUGGGAGAAUUGAAGUGUGCAAUUGAUUCUGAAAAGGGUCCGUUUAAUGCCGAUAUGACCAAACGCUUAGAGGAAAAGAUAAACUUCAUUCCACCCAAGGAAUGUUACGAUCGUGCACUUAAGUUGUGUCCUGAUGAUGACGCGUUUGUGCUUGAAAGAUCUGGCAUAUAUCAUAGCCAAGUCAUGAAAGAUUGUGAAAAGGCUCAACAACUUCUAAAACGCGCAAUUCAAAUUCGACCGACCGUCAUGUCACAUCUACACCUUGCGUUAACAAUAAAACAACAGGCUCGAGAAUGGGAACUCAAGUUUCAGUCUGGUUUUAAAUCAAACCCGUAUUUCAACUUGUCAAGAGACAAUCCAUCCAUAGAGUCUCUUAUUGGCCAUCUGGAGCAGGCGAUUAAAAUUAGCAAAGGCUCGAAUACGUCAACGUUGAAAGAGAUGGCCUUUACGCAUUUGCAAUUAGAGGAUUACGAUAGAGCCGAAGUUACCUUCAGACAAAUAGUUCAAACUCCAGAUGAGGAUACACCUGCUUUUAUAAAAGUAAACGCAUGUGAACAGCUCGCCUUCCUCUGUCUGAGAAAGAGUAAGAACAAAGAAAUAUCAAACGGGAAAAGAAAUGAUUUGGAGAGAGAAUGCUUCUUUUACAUCAGACACGCUAUAGAAACAGCUAUACGCAUGAACAUGGAGCGUACUUUCAACAAAGAAGAUUUCAAGAAACGCCAUGCCUUUCGAGAAAUCACUAAAGAUCUUGAGAAAUCCGACAAUGCGAAUACGUUGGAUAAGGUCGCUCAGCUCUUCUACCUGCUUGGAGACGACGAAAGGGCUCUGGCUAUUCGUGGGCGGAUUCCAGGCGACGUCUGAAUUGAAAUGCUUUAUAAAUGGAGUUGGUAGCUGUCUUCCAGUUGCAUAAAGCUGUGUCUGUAUAUGGCACGUUGUUGGCAUCGUCUUCAAUGUUGAAACAGAAUAUUAUAAACACAGCUAAAAACAACCUUUAACUUAGUGGAAAAUCUAUUCAAUAUGAAACCAUGCAUAUUUCUUAUGAAAACAAACUACACCAUAGUUGUUGUUUGCGUUAAAAUGAACUGCAUUUCUCUCACCACAACUGAAUUGAACAAAUGUGAAAUAAUCUAAUUUGUACUUGACUGAAUCAAAAUUAACUGAACUGGAACUAAAUUGCAUUGAUUUUAUCUGAUCUUGACUUUAAUUGAACUGAAUUAAAAUCUGACACGAUUUGUGUAUGUUUCAUUAUAGUCUAACGCUACACUGUAUUAAUAGACUCCACUGUCUACAUCGAUGACUGUAUAUGUCCCAUUAUAGUCUAGCGCUAUACUAUAUUAAUAGACCCCACUGUCUACAUUGAUGACUGUAUAUAUUGCAUUAUAGUCUAACGCUAUACUAUAUUAACAGACUCCACUGUCUACAUUGAUGACUGGAUAUGUCCCAUUAUAGUCUAGCGCUAUACAAUAUUAAUAGACUCCACUGUCUACAUUGAUGACGGUAUAUGUUGUAUUAUAGUCUAACACUAUACUAUAUUAACAGACUCCACUGUCUACAUUGAUGACUGUAUAUGUUCCAUUGUAGUCUAACGCUAUACAAUAUUAAUAGACCCCACUGUAUACAUUGAUGACUGUCUAUGUUGCAUUAUAAUCUAACGCUAUACUAUAUUAAUAUAUUUAUCUGUCUACGUUGAUGACUUUAUAUGUUCCAUUAUAGUCUAUUGCUAUACUGUCUAUUUUUGCAUUACAAUCUAACGCUAUACUAUAUUAAUAGACUCAGCUGUUUACAUUGAUGAUUGUAUAUAUUUCAUUGUAGUCUAACGCUAUACUAUAUUAAUAGACUCAGCUGUCUACAUUGGUGACUGUAUAUUUUGCAUUAUAGGCUAAUGCUAUACCAUAUUAAUAGACUCCACUGUCUACAUUGAUGUUUGUCUUGUCCAUAAUAGUAUAACGCUAUACUAUAUUAAUAGACCCCACUGUCUACAUUGAUGUCUGUCUGUUCCAUAAUAGGCUAA